AUGCAGUCGAACCUGGCGUACAACUUCCGUCCGGAAAAUAUACCUGCCGCUGUCUCUGCAUUUCGACCCGACAACGAAGUCCCAGUUCUGAAUGAACGCCAUUUCGACGGCGGCCAGCGUCGCGUCUACAAGGUAGACUUCUUGAACGGAGAAAGCUGGGCUAUAUGCCUUCCAAUCCAUGUACGGAGUGAUUCCCAAGACACUAUUAUAAGUCUCCUUCGAAGUGAACGAAACAUAUUUCAAGAGCUUGGCGAGAAGGGCUUUCCCUGGGCACCGAAACCCCGUGGAUCCAUCUUGACAUUCGAAAAUUUGGUUGGAUUCCCGUUUCUCGCGUUGGUAUGGAUCGAAGGCUCACCCCUUUCCUGGUCUACCACUUACCCACCAAGGCCUGUUCGGGAUAAGGUACUCCGUCAAGUCGCUGAGAUACAAUUGUCCCUCAUCGAGUGCACCGGGGAAAAUGGGGGCACCGCCACACCGUUCUUCUUGAAAUUGAUAGAUAGCAAAGUCCACCGAAUUCGCAAUGGCAAACUUCCCGAGUUGACUGAGCAGGACUGCUUUGAUCAGAGGAAGCUGCUCCCUCAGGUGCUGCUCCCAGAACUGGAGAACGCACCAUUUGCCAUAGAUCAUGGAGACCUAUCUCCACUGAACAUACUUGUUGACUCGGAACACAACGUUACUGGGAUCAUCGAUUGGGGCUUUGCUGGAAAGGCCCCAGUCCAACUAGCCGGUCGCUUGCCUCGCUUUCUUCAACUUCCCGAUCUUGCCCUAACCCCAAGUCAAAUCCUUCAAGAAGAUCGAACGGUUUAUGUUGCCUCGUUGAGGUCUCACUCAUCACAAGUGGCAUCUUGGAUGUCCCUUAUUCAAUCGACCGAAGAUGUUGAUUUCCGCGAUUGCUUUCUCGAGUCGCUGAUAAGCAAAGGUAUGCACCGCUCCCUAGCAGGUUUAGGGUGGGAACUGCCAAAUCGUGAACCACGGGGUGGUUCAAAGUUUGACGCCUAA